UUUACAUUGUAUAAAAGCUUAUAUGUAUAGCUUGUUUCAGAUACAUUUUUUUUUAACAUGGGAAACAAGCCUGCAAAACCAAAGGGCAAAUACUUAGGUAAAUUAUUAAAAAAAUUCCCUAACAUGAACUUCGAGGAAUUGUUUAAUAUUUACGAAGAUUUCCAGACGCAAUCCCGAGGCACGGGUCGCCUAAGCAAGUCAGAUUUCAUAAAAGUUUACCGAAGAGCUUUCAAAGGAAACAGUGGGGCAAAAACUCUUGCAGAGAAUAUCUUCCAGUCCUUUGACACUGACAACAGUGGCUAUGUCGAUUUUGAGGAAUUUCUUGUCGGUCUGAGCCUCACGGAAGCAAGUCUUGGUGGAUCGGACAGAGAAACAAAGUUUAAGAAACUAAAAUGGGCAUUUAAUGUUUACGACAAAGACCGAAGUGGGACGAUUGACAAACAAGAAAUGCGAUCAAUAGUGCGGGCUGUGGCAGAACUCGCUCCCAACGACUCGUUUCUAGGCAGCGACUCAGCAGAUGGCUUUGCAGAUCGAUUAUUCGAGCAAGUGGAUGCGAACGGAGACGGAAAUAUUACAUUUGAAGAGUUCCGAAGGGCAGCUGAAAUCAACGAAACCUUGAUAGAUUUAUUACUCCCAGCGCCAGCCGUUUAAUUUGUAGUAUGGAAUAUUCCAUACGUUCGCUAAAUUUAGUGCUAAUGUGUAUGUAUUAGUUACAUUUCACGAAAUAAUUGAGUCACGUAGAUCUAUUUUAUCCAAAUAAAUCAACAACUAUUACUUGUGGGCGUGUUUAACAAUUUAGACACGUGGUCUUGUUUUAUCUUUUGGAAGUAUUGAUAAGGUACAAAUUGGUGUUAACUACUAGAUAACUGAAAUAAAAUUAAAUGAGAGAAUAUAGUGAAACAUUUCUCUUAGGUGGGUUACGUUUUACUAGAAAACAGACGGAAAGAUAGAUUUAUUACUCUCAGCGCCAGCCGUUUAAUUUGUAGUAUGGAAUAUUCCAUACGUUCGCUUAAUUUAGUGCUAAUGUGUAUGUAUUGGUUACAUUUCACGAAAUAAUUGAGUCACGUAGAUCUUUUUUAUCCAAAUAAAUCAACAACUAUCACUUGUGGGCAUGUUUAACAGUUUAGACACGUGGUCUUGUUUUAUCUUUGGAAGUAUUGAUUAGGUACAAAUUGGUGUUAACUUCUAAAUAACUAAAAUAAGAUUAAAUGAGAGAAUAUGGUGAAACAUUUCUGUUAGGUGGGUUACGUUUUUCUAGAAAACAGACGGAAAGAAGAAGGUGCAUAAACAAGCGUUUUUGUUUUUAGUCGAGUUCUUUCUUGCAUACCGCAUGGCAUAAAUUUUUAUUGCUGAAAUCAAUUAAGCUUAGAAUUCUAUUUGAAAGAAGUUGUGAUAUGAGGGUCUCUAUGUGCAAGAUGUUGCAUUUAUAUGUUGUUUAAGUUGUGACUUUUACAU